CUCCUAUAGCACAAACAUCCACAACUACAGAGCUGAAUGUUCACUUCACUGGCUGCUCCAAUGCCCGAAAACACUUUCAUGGCCAAGCAUUUAGAGGAAAACAAGGGUGCUGAAGGCAAGAAGAAGAAGAAGACAAAGAAACACAAGGACCAAACAUGGGCUAAAGAGGGGCCACAGGACCCUUUCGAAAUGCUGGACUCUCUUCCUGAGGAAAAGCAACAGGAGAUUCAAAAAGCCCUGCACUUGUUUUCUUUUGGUCAGGGACCUCCAAAAAGUCUACUGGAGGCUCAAAAGCACACAUACCGCUUUUGGGAUACCCAGCCAGUCCCUAAGAUAGGUAUGAUGGACAGUGCACAGCUAGAAACCACUUUACCUGUGUGCAUCUCAACAAAUGUCAUUCAUUCUCUUUUAGAUGAGAAAGUGACAUCAUAUGGGCCCAUUAAGACAGAGAUGCCCAGCGUUCGAGAAGAGUCGUAUUCACUGCCACAGGAAUUCAUUUGGGACACGCUGGACCUGGACAAUCAGAAACAGCUGAGAGAACUUUGUGAUUUGCUGAAUGAAAACUACACAGAGGAGGAUGACAACACACUUCGUCUGCACUACUCUCCACAGUUCUUGCUCUGGAGGGCUCUAUGCCCCCCUGGAGGGCAAUCACAGUGGCACUGUGGAGUCAGAGUAAACUCCAGUCAAAAACUAGUGGGAUUCAUAAGUGCCAUUCCUGCUACUAUGAAAGUAUUUGACAUAGAGCUAAAGAUGGUGGAAGUGAACUUCCUGUGCGUGCACAAAAAACUUCGCUCAAAAAGAGUGGCACCAGUCCUAAUCAAGGAGAUCACCAGACGUGUCCGUCAGCAGGGUAUAUCUCAAGCAGUCUACAGCACCAGUGCGGUCCUACCAAAGCCUAUUGCAACCUGCAGGUACUGGCACAGAUCGCUGAACCCACGCAAGCUGAUUGAGCUGAAUUUCUUCUCUCUCACUCAUAACAUGACCCUGCAGCGUGCCCUCAAGCUAAAUCGGCUUCCUGAGACAACAAAAACGACUGGCCUUCGCCCCAUGACUGUGCAGGAUGUUCAAGUGGUUCAGGCCCUUCUGAAAGAACAUCUAAAGGCUUUUCAUCUCUCUCCUGUUCUGACCCUGGAGGAUGUUGAGCACUGGCUUCUGCCUCAAGAUGGUGUGAUUGACACAUAUGUUGUGGAGAGCAUGACCGGUACAGUAACUGACAUGGUGAGUUUCUACACUCUUCCCUCUACGGCUCUGAACCACCCUGUGCAUAAAGACCUGAAAGCAGCCUGUGUUCUCUACUGCAUCAGUAAAGCCACCCCGCUGCUGCAGCUAAUGGAGGACACCCUUAUCAUCUGUAAAGCAAGGGGGUUUGAUGUGUUCUCUGCAAUGGAUGUAAUGGAUAAUAAAGCUUUUUUGGAGCCACUUAAGUUCAGAAUGGGAGAGGUACACAAGCAGUAUUACCUCUACAACUGGAGAUGCCCUGAAAUAUCCUCUGACAAGGUGGGUGUUGUGCUGAAGUAAUGACGUUUUGCGCCACAAAUGUGCAGUGAAAUGACAUAAGCACAAAACUCAAAUAGCACACUUUUCUCAAUAUAUGAAUAAAUCUUAAUUGCUCAAUCUGAAA